UGCAAACUGAAUCUAAAGAUGUCGUUGUAUGUGUGGUCCACACAUCAACAAUGAUGUUUUUUCUACCGGAUCGUUGUUUCACACAGUCGCCCCAUGAGCAGGCAAAGACCUCGGUUGUGUAUUUUUUUCACGCUGCUCAGGAAACGUAGCAGAAUAGAAACUCAAUAAUUCCCUCCAGUAGCCCCGUCAGUUGAAUAAGUCAUUCACUCACUAGGUUUUCGACACAGUGGUUAGAUAUCACAUGCCGGAUCCAUCCUGCUGCUUGAACACGAUGCCUCCACCAGGCCGCAUGUGCGACUCGCCCACGACAGAAGAGCAUUCCUGCAGGAACGAGGGGGAAACUAUGGCAGUUUUAGGUGAAGUUCAGGUACUAGAGCUCUCCACAUCAGCUGUUGAGCACGGAGAGGGCCAGCACAGCGCACAACAUGCAGACACGCCACCGGAGGACGGGCUGCAUCUUGCCGCGCUGCACUCGGCUACAACGUGGGUUGAUACGGAGGACCAGUUAGAACGCGCGAUCGGUUUUCUUCGAUGCGAAAAGAUAGUGGAUAGCGUAUUUCUACUCUUAGAAGACAAAUCUUCCCUGCUAGCACCACAUUGUUCGAGAAGAACGAAAAAAUUGAUUUCCGCUGAAGUUCGAAUAAAAGCGAUUAUAAUCUUGCAGCCUUAUUGCCGUUGCAAGACGGUCUGUGUUGCUUGCCAAAGUCAAAUCUCAGUUGGUGCCCAUGAAGAUUCAAUUCCCUCUCUCUUCAUACAUGUGUGUCGAUUGCGAGUGGCGGCCGGGAGACUACCUUCUCCAGGUGCUCUCGAUCUGUGUUGCGCCGAACACAGAACCAUCGGCGAGACAACAACCCGCCGGACAACGAAGCCAAGGAGAUGAUGCUCUUGCGGGAAGGAGAGAUUGUUCCUCAUCAUCUUGCCGGAUCUUUCUCUUCGACAUUCAGCAGUUUCGGCAGAGCAAGUUGCUGAUGGAAUUCCUAGAGUGGAUUCUGGCGUCUGAGCGCAUGUACGCCUUCGCCCCGAUGAACGAUUUGGCCAAAAUCGCAGUUUCGUUUGCCUGGUGGCAGCAGCCCAAGAACCUGCACUAUGCCGUUGUGGACCUGCAGCCGCGGGUCUCUGAUGUGUCCGUCCUUGCUCGCAGUCCGUCUCCCGUGUCUGAAUCGGAUUCGGGCAUAAGCGUAACCAUUGUUCCGGGAGAAAUUCAACAUUCGUCAGCAAGCCCGAAUCACCGCGAAGACGAGACGGAGGGCGCGAUGAAAACAAGCCCGGCUUCUUCAUCCUCUUCUUCGCAUGGGCCGCGCGGGAAUGAGAACAAGCGAAGUAGCACUGUGAGAAAAGCUCGUGACCAGCUGCCGUCGUUGCAGACCCGCGUGCGUGAAGAGCUCGGGCACGAGAUGUCCAAAGCGGAGCAGUGCUCAGAUUGGGCACAGCGGCCCUUAUCCGCGGACCAAAAGCGCUACGCUGCUCUGGACGCCUGGUAUCUGCUUCAACUCCUCUUCCGGGAAACGGAGGAACAAGAACAGCACGUCAGAUUAGGAGUGAGGAGACCGCUCCUUCGAGGCGUCAUACCCACAUUUGGGCCGCUCGUGCUCACGCCAAAGAUGCUGCAGCACUCGAUAGAACUCCCCUCUCGUCACGGCGGACCGGAAAAAUUAAACAGCGAUAACGUGCUGGUGAUGGGACGCGGUGGUGCUGUCGCGCCGAGUGGGACUGCCGCGACGUCCGGAUCAUUUUUGCAGAAAAACAUCCAAGAACAAACUCCAACGAUUACCCUGCCUGAAGAUUCUUCCCGCAUUUGCCGGUCAGCCGACUACAAAACACUGGCGUGCUGGGGUGGGGAUCAUGGCACGCAGGACCAGGACGGGCUGCGAAGCUUUAAAAUACCUUCGUUGGAUGAAAACCAUUCUAGCACGAGACAAAAAUUUCUGUGCAUGCUUUCCUCGUGUGACCGUCUAGACACGAAGACGACCGGACUGCAACUCGCCUCCGACGUUGUUGCAGAGUUCUAUCAGCAACCAGGCUCCAUCGGGCCGUUCUCGCCGCUAGAAGUGCGCAUGACGGAGGAAGCCGCAGCUGCAUCGUCUGACUGGAUCGAAAGUGGCCAAAAUGGAACUUCUGCAAGCGGUGGCUCAAAGCACGAUGAAGUAACAGAGGAUUCGAAAUUGCCGGCGACGGACGAUGGUGGUGGUGCCACAGGUGCUUGUUCCGCGUUUGGCAUAUCUUCAACCAGCGAAAAAGAAAAACCGCCGGAGACUCGCAGACUGCCCCCGAAAACAACCGCGCCCCUCUCGUCGAAUCAUGUGUGUCCAGCCGUAGCAGAAAGACGAAGAGACAUUCCUGCCACCACGCUAGAAAGCGAUCGAGGAAGCUGCUACACAAGUGCGGGCACGGUGCAAAUCCUCAUCGACGCCAAGCUCGCUUCGAUGUACGAUGCUUUCGAAGUUCCGGUUGGACACCAGACGGGGGUGACGCGCCUUGUCUCACAAAAAGUGCUGGUGGAGCACCUUGGAGCGAGAAUUGUGGAUCUGACAGAAACCCGGUGUGCUUCUUUCGGAGAGAACCUGGAAAACAGCAGGUAGAGGACUUUUCUGCGGUUAUUCAUCUCAUGUACGCGAUGUCCACCGCUGGGUGCCGGUACGCGUUUUGUGGCGGCGUCCAUACUUAUUAGCUUGAUGAUGUUAUAUUUCUUGCAAGUCCACUUUUAGUUUUAGUGAUAAUUAUCGCGGCAACACUCGAUGUUGAUCUUGUUGAUGAGCAGCAACAUAACUUCUUUUUGAACAUACUGCUAUUUCACGUUUCGGUCUCCAACUCCAUUCAACCACAGCUGCCAACCUCCGAAAAACACGACAUCGUCGACUUGCUCCGCAGAGGACAGCGGUGAUGCCGCCGAGGAUGCCGGGGACGGUGGACUUGGAAAAGGUGUGAUGCCGCGUUGUCACACUGAGGGAGGCAAGAUUAAAAAGCAGGCACUCAGCAGCACCGCGUUUUGGUCUGACAAGUUUUCGUCCUUGGAAGCGUACGAAGCAGCUGUGAACAGUCUGUCGGACUCGGUGCGAAGGGAGGUGCGCAGACUAUGGAUUGCAAAAGUAGCAUGCUUACUGGUCGUAGAAAUUGCAUUUACAAACUUCUUUCUCAGCAUGACAGAAACGGGAUUUAUUUUGAUUGCCAUCGCUGACUUAAUACCUUGCGAAAAUAAAGAUUUGUUAUGCGUAAUUGCGAUAGAAUUAGAAAUUGCUAUGCUCCAGUGAGUACGAAAACUUUUCAAGUCCAUACAGAAGGCCCGCGAACAAAAAAACGGCCAACUACGUGUAUUUCACCCUGAAGUACAGUGCGGACUCCGUAUCAAAGUGAAAAAUCCCUCCACCCCAUACUCAAACUAGAAAUUUGUGGUGCAGAUUUGUGGCCACAAAUCAGCUUUGUCAUGCUAGAAGGGAAAAGAUGCGGACGUUAGUGCUGGCUGGCGUGGGAAAGCCUUGCAUCUUCAGCAUGACAGGGGGCAGCUGCAAGUGGGAAACAGCAUGACAAAUUGCCUGCAAACGAGCCAACAGCUGCGUCUCUUGCCCUUCUAGCAUUACAAGUCGCUUUGUGUACUCAAAUACAGCAUCACAAGUUUCGUUUUCGGUAUGGGGAGCGGGGAUUUUUCCUUUUGAUACUCCGUGUACGGGAACUGCAGCAUUAUCGCCCGGGACGGAGAGCUGUUGACGAAGUGCGACGAGAAAAAGCUGCGUUGGUAUCUGCAACAGAAAUUGGCCGAGCGGGUCCCGGGGGAACCGAGAACGAUAAAGUUGCUGUUUGACCCCGAGGGCAGGAAGCACUACGACGAGAUGAGCUUCGAGCAGCUCCAGGAACAGAAAAAAGCGGACUCCUUCCACAUCCAGGAGAAGGCAAAUAUCUGCGUCUGCUGUCUAGGCACGUGUAGAAGUUGGAAGGACGUCGAGGAUGCAUGAGCUAAAAAUUUUUGCAUACGGAAAUUCAUUUUUCCCACGGAAGGUGGAUGCGAGUUAUCCUGUGGAUCUUUUAUCGCAUUUGUCAUGCUUAAUAGUGAAAUCGCAACAAAAACUAGUACGACCGCGACGACACAACUUUUGCUCCGAAUACUGUGGCGCGGAGCGGAACUACGUGCGGUUUAAAAUUGUGCCCACAUUUAUGUGUUGCAAAAAUUUCUGGGUCUGGGAAGAACGGAAUUUGUGAUGCUAAUGUUCAAUGAUACAAAAAUCUGUAUUGCAUGGGCAGCAAAUAAAGGCACUCAGUCUUGUGCCACGCGGAGAAGGCAUAUCUCAUACAGGACAGGUGUGGGAAAGCCUUCGCGAAACGAAAACCUGUACUGCUAGAGCAUGCAUCACAGACAUCGCAAGUCAACAUGUAGAAUUGGCAUUGAAUCUUCCCGACCCGGACAGCUUUGUACUGGAUAACAGUGUACCGCAAACACUUCCCGGAGGAGUUCAAGGCGCACUCGAGCCACGACGUGGUGCUGCUGUGUGUGGCGUGCCAGGAGCGGGCGCAGCAGAACCAGUACCGCCUGAUACGCAAGUUGGACGAGGCAGAUCGGCGGGAGGAAGCGGCUGCUGGUGCACUGCUCUCGCCUUCAACCGGCGCUUCUGGAAAAACCUCCGCGCCAGUGGAAAGCGGAAAAGGGAUGGUGCGCAGCGGAAGUGCAAGGAACACUACUUCUACUGGCGGGACCACGACCACGACGAGAAGAGCCUGUAUGAAAAUAAAUCCAGAAGAGCUACGAUCACUAGCCCUUGAUACCGACACGCACGUGAAGAAAGUAAGGUCGGCAGCUGCGGCGCUGUGGGGAGACGUGGGGAAGCACCGCAUUCCGGAAGCUCGCAUUCGCGAUCUGAAAAACGAAAUCCUGCGGUUCUGUGCAGACAUUCGGGUGCGGACUGUCGAAGCGGAAAUUCGAACGCUGCAGGAACUGGACUGGCCUUUUUUUUCGGCUUCAGAGAGAGAAACGCACGAGCGGAAUGAACGGCGGUCCAUUACGCCCACGACAAUUUCUACUUCGAAGACGGAUUUUGAAGAAAGAACCUGUUCGAUGCUCGUUGACGCCGAGCGGCUGCGGGACCCCUCGCAUGAUUGCCAGGGACCGGACUGCCCACUGCUUCGCCUGCUCGAUGAGGCCAUCGUUUGUGCUACGAAGUCGGCCCGGCGAAACCAACGUUAUGCGCUAGAGGAGAUUUUCACGAAGACGCUGCGCGAGCGUGGCAUCGAAACUUCGUCUCCUGCUGCCCUCGAGAGGACAGCACCCGGCAGUACCAAGCUUCUCAACCUGGUGCGGAGGAUGUGCAAGACGGCGAAAGAGGCCGCUGUCAAAACACGUACCAACGCGCCGUCCUGUAAAAAUUAUGCCUGGGAUGCAAGGAGCAGGUCCCAACCCGUGAUCAUGUCGGAGGAAGGCGAUAGCCCCUGCUCGCAAGCAGAUGAGAACACGGAAAGCGAAAAAAGCAACACAAGGAACUGGCAGGUGGCGAUUCUCCAGCAGUGCCGUCGCGGUAUUGCCCGCAUUUCGGACGAGCAACCGAAGGUGUCGCUCGAUCUGCUCGAGAAAGUCUUGACGUGGACCGAGAAGGACCACGGGGGAACGGCACUACCCGGCAAGCUGGUCUGGGCCACGACGAAGAUGACUUCUGGCGGAUCAUCCCUUCGCAGAUCAACCAGCAGGAGCUGUGAAGAAGAGGGCUCAGAGCAGCAGCACUUCUACUUGAAGAUAAAUCCUGGACAGCACUUCUCAUCUUCAUCACGGCAGCUGCGACAGAAGAACCCGGUUCUUUCGCAAACCGAAAUUGGUCAGAGAAUUGUGGAGAAACACGUUGCGAGAGACACACUGGCCGGGUUUAUUCGGAUGUGGCGGGAGCAUUUUCUCGACCUAGAGAAGCCGAAGUUCAUGCCCAGUGGCUGGGGCGUCGCCAACAAAUGCACCCGUGCCUUCGGAAAGCACUCGCGCUUUCAGCGCCGGACGAGGAAUGUGCGGGACCCGCGGUCCAUCCUGCACGCCGAUUGCUUUCAAGUUUGGGACGACCGCAAAACCGUUUCUUGUAGGGAGACUUCUACCGUGGCACCGGCGGUUCCGAAUGUGCUUCUUGCGAAAUGUGCUGAUCAUGGUGGUGCAAAGAUGACGUUGUCGGAAAAUGUUCAGCCCUUUGUCCUGGCGCAGGUACCUAUACGCGACUUGCUGGAUUCUAUCGCUGCCGCAACCCUCUUCGCACCUCAAUAUAUGCGCGCCUCGGUUUGUGCCUUCUUUGAAAUUUUUUAGAAAAGGAAGGCUACUUACUAAAUUGCUUUUGUUGCUUGCAGCAUAUUUAUCGAAAAUUAUGAGCUGAGCCCAACACGCUGCUGUGUCGCAAGAUACUAUGAUUUUGGUUUUUCUCGCCAACAUCUAGAACUGACGUCGAAAGCCGGCUCUUAACGCCCGCCAAAGAAAGAAGGUUUCGAUGCGACAUUCUUGCUUUUCGUUUUGAACCUUGGAAACUAGCAUAUUCUACGUAGUGACAUAACUUGUGCAACCUCGCGCCCUACGUAUAUAUUGUAAGAAGGGGGGUUGCAGCAUGAUAGGCUCCUGGGUGCAUUUAUUUGGCGUGCGCUCUGGCAACAUUCAGGAUACUAGUUGGGAACCGGGUCAAGAGAGCCUCUGUCAAGUUCUGCAGUCGGAGCCUCACAGCAGGAACGUUGUUCGGCAAAAGGACCAUCCCCCCAGCAUCCCGCGGACGACUCUGGGCUCCAUGGGCAAGCCGUCUGCCGCAGUGGUAAUGAUUGGGCAUCACGCCGAUAGCGAAUGCAACACUUUGUGCUUCGCCACGCUCUACCAGCACCUGCAGAAUCUGGCCUCUGCUGAUGUUCCUCCCAACGUCGCGGGGAGAACUAACGUUCGAAGCAAACGAGGAGAGGACGGGCAAGAGAGUGCCAUGGUGGACGAGGAUCCUUUGCGCUGCGAAGCGGGAGAUCUGCACGCGGCUCUGUUUCCUGUCAAAACCUCUACUGCACCGCAAGUCGAGAUGGCUGUCUGUGCGAAGCGGAUCGUGUGCGCAUGUCGUGGCGCGAACUACCCCUGCGCAAAAGACAAUCUCCCGAUGGAACCGACCGAGGAGGGGCAUGCACGCGUUUCUGCAGUGGACUCGCAGGGAAUAAAAACGCAUGACAUCGAGCACGCUGUCCGCGCGGCGGCCGCUGGCGCCACAGAGGACGAGGACAUAGGAAGGACACCACGAAGCGAUUCUCCCACGCUCUCCCCAACGGCCACUGCGAUUUUUGUAGCCCGAGACGGCCCCGGCAGUGGUCCGCAAGUUCCGGAAACACUGCUGCAGCUGCCUGUGCCACUGCAGCCAGGCGACAUGUGGGCGAUCGAGGUGAUGGCGUGGACUACUACUACAUCAAGGGCACAAUCUACAGGAGAGCAGGACCUCCACUUCAAUUCCGUACCAGAUCCUCGCUGCGCACCUGCAGGACAGUAUAGUUCUUGUGCUCUCUCAGCUGCUCUCCCAUCCUCUUCCCUGGAUCAUUCCGUCUACCUGUUCUGCGUGCCCCCGUCUGCCGACGUGGAAAGGAAGCUGCGCACCAUCGCGGCGGAAGCCCGAGAGCUAAACGCCAUGCGACGGGCCAUGAUGGAGGCUUGUGUUCUUCCGGAUGCACGCGAGGCGGAGCCGACGCUGGAGGAGAUGGUCGUGGGGGACUUUUAAGAAACAGCCACUAGAACUACAUCAAGUGGUAGCCUUCAUUGUCAUUGCAAAGACAAGUUAUCCAGGGUUGCAAUGCAAUCAUGCAACCCAGAUGUUUUGAUUGCCGUGCUUUCGCGAGCAUGAGCAAAAUAGUUCGAAGCGAGGACGACAGCUAUUUUUUUGAAAAGCGGGUCCGGUACGUAUGUGAGAAUGACCUUGAGGUGGUGCAACAGGAUUUCUUGAAUGAAUAUCACUACAGUCGCUCUGCUCUCCACUGUGUGCGUAAGUAGGCCGUCGUACAGAUUCAU